CCCAUCAGACAGUGUAACUGAUGAAGUGAUGAGUGGUGAAAUGCCUUUAAGACGAUGGCACAAAAUUACACAGAGGGUAAGACCAUAAACAGAUCAUGCUUGAUAUGAUAUGUAUAGUCUUAACUUCUUGCAUUUAAAUAAAGUUUGUGUGCAUGCGUGUAUACAGCAUCUACCUUUGUAGAUCUCAGCUCAUGUCAUGUUAAUGCUACUCCUUUUGGAAAUAACUGGAAAAGCUCCAUAAAACUUGAAAGUGAAAUAGGAAAAGUACUUAGUAAUAACAUGUUGUAUAGCUUUGGUAAUGUACCCUUGCAAAAAUGUACUACUUACUGUAUCACUUUAUUUCAACCUAUUUGAAUUUGGACAUUGAUAUAAAAUCUGUAGCUGCUCUCUGAGAGAGGCAUUCUUUUUACUGACCAAAGAAGAUGAUAUCAUAUGAUGUAUCAACUUUUACUUUAGACACAUUUCUGAGAAUUCUACUCCAAUAUUUGAUGCAAUAACUUUGACAUCGCAAUAUAGGCCUACUGUAUCUCUGUAUACUGUACUGAGAUUGCAUUGUUAAUUGGCCUUGAUGCUCUUUUUUGUUUUCUUUAUGGUGUUGCAUGGGGCACCAAGCAGGCCAUGAGCAAUGAUGCUAGGGUGAAUGGAAAUUUCUGGAAAUAUAAAUUCUUACACCUGAUUGCCAUGAUGAAUUUUAUCAGCAAUGGACCACUCAUUAUUCCAUGGUAUUCCUUUUGUUUUUGUGUAUCUCUGUCUCAUUAUGCUAAUCUCUUGCAAAUGACUUAAACAAGAGCAAAAUGGUACAUUUCUGUUGUUUCGUAAUAUUGCAGCAAUAAGGGAAAGUCCACUGUUGGAGUGUUUCACUUCCAGUAAAAUGUCACAAGGGUUACAAUCUGUUAUUCCAAACAGCAAGCAAAAAAAGCAGAAAACAAAAAAAGGAUCGGCAGCGAGCAUUUACUUAAUGCUGCUCUUAUCUGUUUGCUUUUAGAGAAACACAAACAUCAGUGAAAGAGGGGACAGAGAUUCAGUAUUUGAACCAGAGACCAGAGAAAAGAACAGAUGAACGUCUGUACAUUUCUAGAAAAGAUGGAACGCAUGCUGACUCUGUUUCUGCUAUGUCCAUUUGUAUUUUUUACCGUCAUGACAUCCGCACAAGACAAUGUAUGUUUUAGGCCUGAGCUGGCUGGCAACAUUGAGAUGGAUGGGCUCCAGAGGUACUUCAGCCCCGGUGUGGAGUUGGUGCUGUCCUGUAAACAGGGAUACACCCCUUUGUUGGGCCCUCGGAAGAUUGUUUGCACUGCCAGUGGAGAAUGGACAAAAACCAAAUUCAUGUGCAGACGUGGGUCUCCAUUCUACAAAACGGUGCCCAUAUCCUGAUCCAUUGUCUAACGGAGAAUUGUACUAUGAAGAUACUGUGUACCAGAGUACCAUCAAUUAUACUUGUCAUGAAGGGUUCAUCUUGACUGGGGCCGACACUGCUGAGUGCCUUGCCAGUGGAACAUGGAGCACACCAGUACCAGAGUGCAAGCCUGUGUCCUGUGGUCUCGCUCCGAUCCCACAAUUUGGGAUGAUAGUUUAUGAAAAGAGGAUCAGAGGGAACACCACUGAUUACGGCGUCAGAGGGACGUACAGGUGCCUGCCUCCAUACGUAGUUAUUGGUGACGCAAGAGCAGAGUGCACUGCCAGUGGCAAAUGGACCAAGACACCUGAAUGUCGAGUGGUGACCUGCCCUCCACCGGAGAACAUUGACAGAGGCUACAUGUCAAGCAACGACCAGAGAGACUAUGACUACAUGGAAACAGUCAACUAUGGCUGCCAUGGAGACUAUGUACUUGAAGGAAGCCUCCAGAUUGUUUGUCAGCAGGAUGGGAAUUGGUCUGAAAAGCCAUCCUGCAAGGCUCCUUGCAGUGUUGGCAUACAGAGAGCAAGGAUAUUAUACAAAGGACAGAAAAUGUGGAUCAAAGACCUUAAUCCUAACAAAGUCUUGCACAAAGAAACUGUCUCAGUCUACUGCGAGGACAAGACCAGGAAGUGUGGUUAUGCAGUGUCAACCCAGUGCAUCGAUGGAAAACUCAAAAUCCCAGACUGCUUUGAACAGCCCAGCCAAGUUAGUUAUGACCUUUUUUCAGGUUCUUUUCCAUCAGAAAUUGAACAGUGCUGAAACAGCAGUAGAUCUCUUCUCUGAUGAUAAACUACUACAAGAUGGAGUUGGUGUUGGUGUGUUCUGGUCUCUUUAAAAAAAUUAAAGAACAUGGUCUGACUCAA